AUGCAGCCGCUGUGGCUGUGCUGGGUUCUGGGGGCGCUGCUGGCUGGUCCCGGCGCAGGCCUGACUGAGGAGGAGAUCAGGAGCAGCGUGCUCCAGCAGCUGCAUCUCAGCGAGGUGCCCGUGCUGGACAAGGCCGAAGGGGAGCAGCUGGUUAUCCCAGCCCACGUGAGAGCCCAGUACGUGGACCUGCUUCAGCGCAGCCACAGGGUCCUCUCGCGAGGGAAGAGAUUCAGCCAGAAAUUCCGAGAGGUGGCGGGGAGGUUCCUGAUGUCCGAGGCCACCAGGCACUUGCUGGUGUUCGGCAUGGAGCAGAGGCUGCCGCCCGACAGCGAGCUGGUGCAGGCGGUGCUGCGCCUUUUCCAGGAGCCGGUGUCCCCGGCGGCGCUGCGCAGGCAGGAGCAGCUCUUCCCGCGGGGAGCGCGGGCCCGGGUCUCCGUUGAGUGGCUGCGCGUGCGCGCCGACGGGGCCAACAGCACCUCCCUGGUCGACUCCAGGCUGGUGUCCCUGCACGAGAGCGGCUGGAAGGCCUUCGACGUGACGGAGGCGGUGAGCCUGUGGCAGCAGCUGAGCCGGCCUCACCAGCCGCUGCUGCUGCAGGUGACGGUGCAGAAGGAGCACCUGGGCGCGGGGGCCUCCGACGCCCACAAGCUGGUGCGCUUCGCCUCGCAGGCUGCGGGGGGCGCCGGGCCGCAGGAGCCCCAGCUGGAGCUGCACACUCUGGACCUGAAGGCCUACGGGGCUCAGGGCGACUGUGACCCCGACGUGCCAGUGACCGAGGGCACUCGCUGCUGCCGCCAAGAGAUGUACAUUGACCUGCAGGGCAUGAGGUGGACCGAGAACUGGAUCCUGGAGCCCCCGGGCUUCUUGACCUACGAGUGUGUGGGCUCCUGCCGCCAGGUCCAGCAGAUCCUGCCCUUCCACUGGCCGUUUAUGGGGCCCCGGCAGUGUGUGGCCUCAGAGACAGCCUCGCUGCCCAUCAUCGUCAACGUCCAGGAGGGAGGCAGGACCAGGCCCCAGGUGGUGAGCCUGCCCAACAUGCGGGUGCAGAAGUGCAGCUGCUCGGCAGAUGGAGUGCCCGUGCCCCGGAUGCCAAGGCCCUAG